CCUGUAAGCUCAUAUGAAAAGGCCUGCGUGCAAGACCUGGGCUGCACUGUCAAAAUGGAUCUAGCAGCAGCAGCUGUGUUUAUCUUCAGCCUUCUGCUCACUGCAUCAGACUCUGCCCCCUCUUUGAAGUCAAGAAACUGGGAUAUCUACAGCUAUCACAUGAACUCCACAGUAACCAGCCGCUAUGCCGUCACAGUUAUCACCAGCCGUGUGACCAACACCCGUGAUGACUCCAAUGAGAUUGACUUCCAUGUGAAAAUACCCAAAGCCGCCUUCAUCAGCAAAUUUAGAAUGACUAUUGAUGGGCAGACAUACGAUGGGGUUGUCAAACAGAAAGAGGAGGCCCAGCAGCAGUACAGUCAAGCUGUCUCGCGGGGCCAAAGUGCCGGACUAGUCAGUUCAGUGGGCAGGACUUUAGAGGACUUCAAAACAUCAGUGACUAUUGCUGCUCACAGCAAGGUGACCUUCGAACUCACCUAUGAGGAACUGCUCCGUCGUCGCCUGGGCAAAUAUGAGUUGCUAAUCAAUGCCCAACCAGGUCAAAUUGUCAAAGAUUUCAAGAUUAAUGUAAACAUCUAUGAGCAGCCUGGAAUAAACUUUUUGGAAGUUAAAGGCUCCUUGGGUGAGAAAGACUUGGCCAAUGCCAUCACGACCACACGUGCUGAUAACCAGGCAUGGGUAAAUUUCUACCCCACUCAUGGACAGCAAAUGGAUUGCGAUGGUUGUGGAGAGACAGGACUUAAGGGAGAUUUGAAAAUCCUUUAUGAUGUUUAUAGACCACUGUCCCAAGGUGAUGUAAUGGAACAUGGCGGCUACUUUGCUCACUUCUUUGCCCCAGCUAACCUGGGACGUAUCCCCAAAAAUGUGGUCUUCAUUAUUGAUCAGAGUGGUUCUAUGCAUGGAAAGAAAAUUGCUCAGACUCGAGAGGCUUUGCUGAAGAUUCUGGAUGACUUAGCCGAAGAUGACUAUUUUGGUCUCAUCGUCUUCAAUAGCCAAGUCUCUCCAUGGAAACACAAACUCCUCCAAGCCACCCAAACCAAUCUGGAUAUGGCAAAACAGUUUGUCAAAGGGAUUACAGAUGGUGGUGCAACAAACAUAAACGAAGCUGUGCUGAAAGGGGUAGAGAUGAUUCAGCAGCACCCCAGGAAUGGCUCGGCCUCCAUUCUCAUACUGCUAACAGAUGGAGAUCCAACAUCAGGAGAAAUUAAUCAAGGGAAAAUCCAGUCUAAUGUGAGAGAGGCCAUUGGGAAGAACUUUCCUCUGUAUUGCCUUGGAUUUGGGUUUGAUGUGAACUUUGAGUUCCUGCAGAAGAUGGCCCAGGAGAACAGUGGUGUGGCACGCAGGAUCUACGAGGACUCAGAUGCAGCUCUGCAGCUCAAGGGUUUCUAUGAAGAGGUGGCAACUCCUCUCUUAACAAGUGUGCAGAUGUCCUACACGGGAGCAACAAACCUGACCCAAACCAUCUUCAGCCAUUACUACAACGGCUCGGAGAUUGUAGUCGCCGGAAAGAUCCUUGACAACAACAUAGAUGGCUUCAAUACAGAUGUUGUAGCAAUAUCAAAACAUGACACGGUGAAGUACAGUGAUAUCAAGGCCACUCAAGCUGGCCAACUGCCUGCAGUGAUGAGUGGCUUUGAGAACUUCCUCCAGAGACUAUGGGCCUGCCUCACCGUGAAACAGCUUCUGGAGAAGGAGUUGACGCUGACCGGCGAGGAGAAGGAGGCAGUGAAGAAGGAGGCCCUUGAUCUCUCUCUCAAGUACAGUUUUGUGACCCCACUCACCUCUAUGGUGGUCACCAAACCUGAGGGUGAGGACUCUCAGGUGGCCGACAAACCCAAAGAGGGAGAGAAGCCUGCCAUCCAUUCAACCAUGAUGCUUCCUUCCCAACCCACAAGUUCAAGGAAAAGGGCAAAGUCAAUGCCCAGGUCCCAUUCAACAAGUAGUGGACGAAGCCGAGGAUUUAUGCCAGGUCUUUCUGGCAUGGCCUUUCUUGAUAGUUUAUCGGCUGCUCCUCCUGUGAUGUAUCAUAGGAGUGAUAGGCAUAGGUCCAUUGGACAAGGACGAAUCUUGCACGACGCUGUUGAAGAUUAUGGCAACCUACCAGCAACUAUAAUACCAGCACGGAUGCCUGUGAGGUUCUUGAUGGCUGCCGAGGGCCAGUCUCUGCCGCUCUGCUUCGACAUCCCAGCAGGCCAUAUAGUCAAACUGCUGCAGGACCCUGCAUCUGGGUUCUCCAUGAAUGGACAGCUCAUGUCAGAAGGCGGAAAUGGUUUCCAGAAAAUCAUUAUUCGUGUUAAUGCGGACAAGUACAUACAGUUUGACACCAAUUGGAUCACCAUAAAAGAUGGACUCUUAAUGCAAUCAGUCACGUGGACAGACAGCGACCACACCUCAGAUAGCAUGAUAGUGAUCAUACGGGACAGUGAAGCGGAUAUUACCGUGGAGAAUAUCCGUGUUGUCAUUCUGCUUCAUCUGCAAGAUGGAAAACGCUUCCUUUGGCCGGCAGUCAGAAAACGUCCAUCAGAACAUGAAGUCCCUGGGAUCAUGGGUAAACUACCAGUUGCAUACGAGGAAGUCAAACCCUCAAAGCUGAGAAUUCAGGGUGUGGAGGUGGAUGCUUCCAGUGAUUCAGCUGGGGACUACAAUAUCAAGGCUGUGCCCAGAGUGAAAUGUCAACUUGUCGAUCUGAAAUCUGCUCUGCAGGGGGAGCUGUCUGACUUCACAGUGCAUCAACUGUAAAUGAAAAACAAAUACACUACUAAUGAGAUAUCUAAACCAGCACUAUCCAGGAUAUUACUGUUAAAUUGCUGUAUGAUAUCAGCAUUUAUAAUUGAAAUGCUAGUCAUAUCACUUUAAUGAAACAAUAAAUCAAUUGAUUUAGAAACAUGCUGUUUUAUCAUACAACAAGAUUGACUCAUUUGGUGAAAUAAAGCUAUAUUGUAAUGUGCUCACAAACUCAAACCUGAAAUGUAAGUUUUUAAUAUGUACUAUUAAAAUUCACAUGGUAAAUUUA